AUGUAUAUGAUCAUCAAAGGAUUUAUAAAUAUUUCUUGUGAAGCUUCUCAAUUUCAACCAUCCAUUGGACAUUGGCUAGAUUCUCGCUAUCCAGCGGCGAAUCCAAACAGAAAUUUACCCUUGGAGUCCCCCAGCCCCACCGUGGCGGGGACAAACGUUCUGGGGGCGCAGUCGCCCAUUUCUUUGGCAAUGCCAUUUAUAGACAACGACCUUCUCUGGAGUUCCGAUCAUGAUGGCAAGAUGGUGGAUUUGUCUUCGUGCCUUCAGGAUGCUUCAGUGGCGGUCGGACAACAGAAUACUGCACAAGGAGGGGGAGCUGGUGGAGCUCUAGGUGAAUUAUCCCAAUCAGAUCUGAGUUCUCUGGUUCCUUCAGCUUCAGAGGGUCAAAUGAAUGACGAAGAUAUCUUGAAGCAUUUGUCAGACACUGCUGCCAUCGAAAUCGAUAGUCUUCUAAAUGAAUUCAACAAUGCGACUUAUAUCAAGCAGGAAGAAAACAACAAUAUUCCGAACUCGUGCUCCGAUCACGUAGUUAGUAGUUCCAACGGACACCAAAAGAGUGCGGUAACUUUAGAAAUGCGUUCGUUGAAAUUCACAAUAGCAGCAGCGAAUCCUAUACUUGCCGAGAAGCUGUCUACACCUAACGAUCACAAUCUGCAUGAUGGAGGGAAUCGUCCAGAGCUGGCGCUGCUGACACCGAAAAUUGAAAAAGGUGAGGACUGGAGAAUACCUGAAUCGCUUUGGAUAUGUAGUAAGUUACCCAAAUUUCAACAACCUCAACUUGACAAGGAACAGAACAACUAUCUGCAUCAACUUCUCUCAAGACAACGGAACGAUCUUCAGCAUCCAGCCAUCUGCGAUUAUCCUAGGAGAAAAGCUGGCUAUCCACCCAAUACGGGGUCUCUUCCUCCAAGUCCAGCAGAUUCUGGUGUGUCGGAUGUGGACAGCUCCUCCAGCGGUCAUACUUCAACCGACGAGUUAAAAUCUAGGCUACAACCAUCUCUUCACUCCCCAGUUGGAAACUUCCUCAACAGACACCCACUAUCUUGGACUCCUUCAGCCCAUCAUCACACGCAAAGACCACCUGGAAACAUACACCAACCAUUUUACCCACCAUUCACUACAAUACCGGAAAACUACAACAGCUACCUUCUUCAACAUCACCAUGUACAGCAGACUCAGCAUAUGCAUCACCACAAUAGUAUACAAUCGCCCUUCACGACACCAUCUCCCCCAUCACCCACCAUGAGGCACUCCAUCCCAACAUCAGUGAUACAAGCUGCAUCUUCAAGCGUUUACGACGAUUCCUACAUGCUUGGUUUUCCUCCUAGAAAAAUAAAGAAAAUCAAGAAACAGAGAAUAGGAGAACCUGGUUCUGUUAAACGGAAGAGCCGAGAAGGUUCAACCACUUACCUGUGGGAAUUCCUACUGAAACUGCUUCAGGAUCGAGAAUAUUGUCCUAGGUAUAUCAAAUGGACUAAUAGAGAGAAAGGAGUUUUCAAGUUAGUUGACUCAAAGGCGGUCUCCAGGCUAUGGGGUAUGCAUAAAAACAAACCAGACAUGAAUUACGAGACUAUGGGCAGAGCCCUUAGGUACUAUUACCAGAGAGGUAUCCUAGCUAAAGUGGAUGGUCAACGAUUAGUCUAUCAAUUUGUAGAGGUGCCCAAAGAUAUUGUCGAAAUAGACUGUACGGGUGUGUGAUCAGAUUGAAGUGGAUGCACCAAUGCUUUGAUAGUACAACAAAUAAUUUAAUUUAUUAAGUAACGGAAAGUGUGAAACUACAAGAAUUUUAUCCCUGUACAUAUGACUCAAAGAGAAUAAACUGAGGACUUGACCUAUGGAAUAAAUUGACUGUGAAAUUUUUUACAACGAAUAGGGUUCUAGUACCUCCUACAUGUUUACCGACUAUGGACGAUCUCAUGGUAUGUUGUAUCAAAAGAUAAAUAAUGAAAGUGGUAAAUUAUGUUGACAAAAAUAAGGACAACAUCUGAUUGUGACUGUGAAUUUCUAUUCUUGAGGUUGUGGAUUUUUACCUGCCAAAGUUUCCCUAAUUUAAACUUGCCCAUGUAUUCACAUUGCCUUUUUAUUUCAAUUAUGAAUCAUGUAUUGUAUGAAAACAGCAAAACUUGAACAAAAAAUAGAUUUCUUCAGCACAUUUAUCAGAAAAAAUUAAUGUAUAAUAAUUUUAUUCAGAUAUGGAAAAUUCCACUUAAUAUUUUCUAACCAAUUAACCUGAUAUCCAUGAAAAUAUUUCGUCCAAACCUGAACAACUUUCGAUUACUAUGAAAAUAAGGUAAUGCAGAGUGAUGAUACGAAUAGAAUGUUGAAAAAUUGUUCAUUAAAUUUUUUUUGGCAAAUUGAGGCAGCGAGUUGGUUAUAAUUUUACAAAUAUCCGGUCCAAAGAAGUCAAUUUUCAAUUAAACAUUCAAACUUGAAGUUUUUUUAUAUGAAUAUAUUGUUGUUGGAUAUUUAGAAGAACCAAUUUGAACAUGUGAUCUGCAGGAGUAGUUAAAGAUAGUGAGAUGUUAUCAUGUAUAGUGAAAAGUAUGAAAUUCAUAAUUUUGAGAGAACAACAUGUGAUAAGAGGAUAGGUAUUUUGGUAGUUUUUUAGACUGAGAUAAAUUUUUAGGAAAUUGUUUAGGUGAAGAAAUAUUGAGGCUAUUUUUCAUGGAAUUAAAAAAUAUAUCUGAGAAUCCUCAGCACUGCAUCAGAGCUGAAUGGGUUAUAGUAAUAUUUCAUUACUGCAUAUGCCGAAUUAUCAUCACUUCGAAAUUAUAUAGUUAGUGGAAAAAUUUUGUUGUAUACUUCAGCCGAAACGGCAGCUGCAUUUUAAGAAAGGUAAUUUAAACAUAAGCUGAUCACAAAUUUGUAUUUUCCAAUAUGAAAAAAAUACUCAAUUAUUUUUCCUGAUAGUUGAAUGUCAUUCAUUCAUUUCAUCUUGAUUGCUCAAAAUCGAAAUUAAUUCAAUACAUUGAGAACAUAUAUGCAUUCAGUUCUAAAUAUAAUUAAAAUAGGUGGUUUUGUAGGUAUUUUAUAUUGAAUUAUGAUGGAUUAAGAGAAAAAGGAUUAGAAUCCUUCUAUUUGGAUAAUGAAACUUUCUCUAGGGCAUAUUCACCUGAAAUUUGUUUUUGAAUAUCUUUUAUGAUUAGUCUUCAUUUCAAAUUGAAUUGAAAUAUUUUAUUGUUGGGUUUAAAUUUCUUACACUGAUUCAAUUAAUUAUUUGCAAAUUUUGUUCAUAUUUCGAAUGCCCUAGUAGAUUGAGGUGCUCUUUAAUGGUUAUGAGACUGGUUGGUGCCUGCAUUAAAUUGGUAAGGAUUUGAAAAAAGGAAGCACAAAUAUUUGUCAAAUUAGCUCUCUAUGUUAUUUUGCAGUGUUUCAGGCAACUAUUAUUGGUUUUGAUCUCAGAUGUACACAGUUGAAAAAUGAGAAUAUUACGUUAUUUGUUAAUUCUUCAUCUAUUGUAAUAUUUUAAAAUAUCGUACUUAUAUAAUUGGGUCAUGUGUUUUCUUGUAAACUAUAAUUUUAAGUGUACAUUCUGUAUAGUAUUUAUUUCGAAUUUUGAAAAUUAGCUGUUUCAUGAUAGAAAAAAUUAUUCAUUUCCUAUAUUCAAAUAUCAGUUAUGUGAAUGAAUUCACUUUUCACUGCCAUUUUGUUGAUGUUAUAUGGUUAUCUAUUAUAAAUUGAAUUUGUCAUGAAACAAACUAGUUGAAUCCUUUGUAAAUUUUGUUUUAACAUUCUGUGAUUGUAAGUUUAAUUUUCCAAAUUGUAACAAAUCAAUGUAAUAAAUGUAAAACGUUGUACCUAAAAUCAAAUGUGUCUUUAAAGAUAAUCCAAACUCAGUGGGCAAAUCAAUAUAGAAAACUCCCAGGUUUCAACUCAGCGAUGUUACAUUAAUGUGUAGAUUCUAUGUUAAAAUUUAAUUCAGGAAAUUUAAAGCACAAAAUGUUCAUAUUAAAUAUUAAUAAAACACAAGUUCAAUCCAGGUAGCAAGCAAACGAAUUGUCUAUUCGUCCAAAAUAUGUGAUAUCUGUCAAUAUCAAAUCCUAUUCACGUUAGCUCAUUGAAAUAGUUAUAUAUCUUACUUGAUUGUUAAAUGGAUGUUGAAUGGUUGCAUUUGUUUAGGUAUCAAUUUCUUAACACAAAUAUUUACGCGUUGUUUAAAUAUUCCUACUGUGCAGUAAUAAGAAAUUUUGUUGAAUAUGUACAUAAUAGUUGCAAAAAUUAAAACAUAUUGUAAUAUUGGUGAUAUUGUCAAAUAUUAAGUUCAGAUUUUGUAAAUAUAGAUCAUUUUUAAUAUAACAAAUUACCUUUAGAUUUUAAUGAAAUUUUAUUGAUUUUUAAACAUUAUUGUAAAAAUUAUACCUACCUAUGUAUAAGAACGAGGUACUUUUAUUACCUAUAUAGUUUAUUGUAAUAUUUUGUCUUUAAUAAAUAUAUAUAAAUCCAA